AUAUGUAUGUUUGAUAUAUGAAAAUUACAUCGAAUAAAUUCUGAUAAGAUUUACAAUCAAAAGAUAAAAUGAGAAAGACAAGCUACCUUUUUGCAGAGCAAGUAAAAGAAAAAAAAGCAAAUGAAUGAAAAAAUUUAAGUAACUAGAGAAUAUCCAUCGUCUUUAGAAUUCUUAUGAAACUUGAAGAAAAGAAUGAUAUAACGGGGAAUUAACUAUCAGCGCCAUCUCUCGAGUAUCAAAGAUAUUUUUUCAAGAAAGCAAGAAUUGAAAAUAUCACGAAUAUUUUUAAAAAGAAAAUUUAACAUUCAAGAGAUGGCGCUGAUAAUCAAUUCUUAUUCCGUUUUAUUUCUGUUUUUUUUUUUAUAUUUGUUCUUUUUAUUUUACUUUAUAUUUAUUUCAUUUGUGGCAUUCUAGAGAUGGCGCUAAUUCCCUAAUUUUUACAUUACAUUUCUAUCCUUUUCUCAUUAUUCGUUUUUCUUAUUUGUUCUUGGCAUGUGAUUACAGACGAGAUACGGAAUGUCAAUGAACAUAUUUUCAUCAUUUCUUUUACAAAACUUCAAUAUGUCUUAAUUUUAUUCUAUGUCAAAUCGAUAAUGUUAAAGAUGAAACUAAAAUGGUAAGAAUAUUCUAGUAUUCUCGAAACAUGGAACAAGAAAUGCAUUAAAUAUUAUAUCUAUUCUGUAUCUCGUCUGAUAGAAUAGAAAUCAUAAACGUCAAGUGGUUAGUAAAUAAGUAGAUCAUAUUUCUGAGCGAACAUGUAUUUGUAAUUGUGGAUUUUAAGAUAUAUAUUUAUAAGAAAGGAGUUUUAUUCACACUUUUUAAUGUUUUACGUUUCAAUUAAUUUCUGCGCAUUAUUCAUUGAAUAUACAAAUAGUGUACAUACGUAUAAAUAUUAUCAAAGCAAACUCAAUGUCGCUAUAUGUCUCAUCGUCUUUUGUUUUAAAUGUUGUCAAUCUGUCAAUGAAGUCAAAACACUUUUUUUUUUUAAAUAUAUGACUUCCUUGCCAGUCUGGCAAUCGAAUAGAUGGUCUUUAAUAUUUUGAAAUAAGGAUAAUAAAGCCUGUGUUGUUCGAAUGUCUGAACGCCGAGACUCCACGUGUCAAAAACAUGAAUUGCCGAAAUCAUUGCAAGGUACAGAGGAUGCCGAGUUCGUUUGGAGUAUGAUAACUGAAAGAUUUCCAAAUGCUGCACCGCUUUUAUGUGAAAUGGAAGCAGUUAUCGAUCGAGCAGAAGAUCUUCUCCAACAACUGAGGGCACCUUGUCGCGAAAUUGAGACAUCAACCUCUUUCUGCACACAAGAUUCGGAAGAAUCAACUGCAAUGAUUUCCGCUAAGGAAUCAGCUACCGAAAACGAUAUUGUAGAAAGCGAUACCAUGAACAAGAACGUGGCAGAAACACAAGUUUCUGAAAGCAGUAUGUAUGAAGCGGAAAUCAAUAUGAAUAACCAGAGUCAAGAUUCAGUUAAUAAAGAACAGGAUAUCGAAAGUCAAUCGUUUGAUUUGAUUACGCUAAAUCAUUCUAAUAUACGGAAACAUUCUAGUGAUGAAUCUUCUUUACUUACCAUUGAAACAAAUAACUAUCAAAUGGUAAAAGAGGCGCAUAGCUUAGAAGAAUGGGGUAAAAUAGUAGAUAAUGCGCUACGAGAAACUUCUGAUGAGGUACAAUCUGUUAAAAAAACAAUUAAUAUGUUCGAGAAACGUGUCAAUAGUGAAGAAACAAAAACAGAAAAGCACGAGGACUCUUGCAUUAUUCUGCAUCGUCAAGAAACGAAUGCUGGUGAUUCUGUUAUGCAAAUUACUUCCGAGCGAAACAUGAAACCUCAAAAAUUAAUCGAAAUUAAUGAUGGAAUAAAUGUUUCGAUCAAAGGUAGUGGUGAUGAAAAUUCACCAAUAGUUGAUCUACGGACACCGUUGAACAUCUUAGAAACUUAUGCAAAACGUUGCAAAACCUCGGUCGAAUAUGAAUACAAUGAAAGUCCGCAUCGUCUCAAAUCAAGCGUUUACGUGAUACGUGGAAAUCUUGGUGGAUUUGCUGCAACGUGUAGAGGUUUCUCCGAAGAAUCAACGAAAAACGAUCUGGCCGCGACAAUUCUGCAAAUGAUCGCGAAUAAACAGAUGAAGGAUGAGAAGAUUGGUACGCUUGCCGAUCUUACACGUGAAGAAUUGUUAGAAAUAAUUAAUCUAGGCAUGGACGGUCUGAGAGAAACUGCUCAAAGAAAGUUGUACCAACUUUGCCUCGAAAAAGAAGUGCCAGUCCCAAAGUAUACUGUAGAAAAGGAGAAAACAUAUCAGGGUUUAACUUAUGUCGCUACUUGUUCCGCGUUAGGUUACACUAGCGAAGGUCGUGGCUUGAGAGAAUGUGUGGCCAAGAAAGCAGCCGCUGACGAGUUGUACCAUCAAUACUAUGAAGAUGAGAAAGCAAGAUUGAAGGUAAGUUUUUUUUUUUUUUAGAAUUGGUAUAAGGUUAUGGUAUCUUAGUGACGAUCCAAGGCAAUUGGCCGGUUUUCUUGAAUGAC